AUGUCAAGUCCAAAGCUAAUUCACGAUAACAAUAUGAAGAGUCCAAUGUUGAUGUUUCAUGAAGAAAAACAAGAUUAUGAAAAGGAAGAACAAAUCAUAGUGUUGUCUAAACCAACAUCACCAAGAGAAAAACACAAGAUGGAAGAUAAAGAUGAAGAAAAUGAUGGAUUCAAAACUCCGACUCGGUUUGAAAAUAGAAUACAAGAACCAAAGCAAUGUCCAGUUGCACCAAGAAAACCCAAACCAUCUUUGAAGAGAAGGAAACCACAUUGCAAACAACUACUUGAUGUUUCAAGAGAGGUUGAAUUAUUGUUCCAAAUCAAACAGAAAACAUUUUCAACCUCACAACAUAUUACCAAGAAAGUUCGAAGAGAAUAG